AUGAGAGUAGUGCCAAAAAGGGCGGCUCUGUUAUUCGAUCAAUUAAUGGUAGCUCUACAGAAGGUUGUUGAUAAUCAAGGAAAAGGUUCAGUUGGAAGCAAAACUUCAGUUGGAAGUAAAGGUUCAACUAGAAAUCAAGUUUCAAUUGGAAGUACAGGUAUAAGCAAGCCACCAGCACAUCAUUUCCAAGCCGUCAACUCGGAAAUCGUCCCUAUGGUGGAUGACCAAACGAUGGAUCUGCAACGACGCGCACUAGCCCAGAGUGAGCUCUUCUGGCGCUGUUACUUCAAUGCCCUCGCAUGCUUUAAGAAGAAGUGAUAAUGACCACACCGCCGUCAGUUCUCCUCAAUUCCCAAAGAUCGAAAGAGUGCGCGAAAUUUCGUAUUAUUUCCUCGACUUAGCUGCAACAGCACGACGAAUAGCAGUGCUUUCCUAGCUAGAGGGUCACGAAAAGAAGUGAAUGUAAAGUAGCACAAA